CAGACAGUUAAAGUGAAGCGUAGUUAGUGAGUUCAAUUGUUACAGUUGGGAAGAAAUGAAGGCGUUAGGUAUUACUGUUGGUGCUGUUCCAAACCUUUAUUCCACUGGAAUUCGUAACCGUCGGUUAUGUGUUUCAUUCUCUUCAACUUCUUCAUCAGGAUCCAAAACGGUGGGAGUUGCAGCUCCGAAAAUUGAAUACAAGCCCGGUGUCUUGGAUGAUUUGUUCCUCAAUUUGUUCCGCAACAAAUUGGUACAGGAGGUAGGAUGGGACUCAAAGAAACCUGGAUAUGAUGGACUAAUCGAAGUUGCAAACCGUUUAAUGAUGAAAGGCACUACAAAUUCCCAUACCAUAGAAGCUACGGUACGAAUUUUGCGAUCUCUAUUUCCUCCAUUCCUUUUGGAGCUCUAUAAAAUUCUCGUAGCUCCUCUUGGAGGAGGCAAAGUUGCUGCUAUAAUGGUUGCAAGGGUUACUGCACUUACAUGCCAAUGGCUAAUGGGACCCUGCAAAGUCAAUUCUGUAGACCUAUCAGAUGGAACCUCGUGCAGUAGCGGGGUGUAUGUUGAAAGAUGCAAAUAUCUAGAGGAAAGCAAGUGUGUUGGUAUAUGCCUCAACACCUGUAAGUUUCCAACACAGACCUUCUUCAAGGAUCAUAUGGGGGUUCCAUUACUUAUGGAGCCCAACUUUACCGACUACAGCUGUCAGUUCAAAUUUGGAGUGCUUCCCCCACUGCCUGAAGAUGACGCGAUCCUGAAGGAACCUUGCUUGGAAGCAUGUCCAAUUGCUUCCCAAAGAAAAAUGGCUAACAGAAACAUAGGUGCCACUGCUUGCCCAAAGACAUGAACAUAUUUUUCUUAGGCAUAGAGCUUUGAGAGCAUUGAUGUACACUUUCCACUACCUCCUGCACAUUUUAGCCUUAACUUAUGGUUGGAGAUGAAACUGAAAGCAUGAGGUUUCUGUCAUAAGAUAAAAUAAAAUAAGUUUGAUGCACUACAGUCCAUCACCUGAAACCAUUUUUUUUU